UUUCGAUAAAUUUACUGAGGAUAUCCAAAUCAAUUUAUGUAAAGCAGCAACAUAUCAACGCUUUUGUCAACGUAGAGGAUGUGGACAGCGCAGGGGAAACUUUCGUCAAGACUGAAGCUGUGAUGAAAAAAGGUGACUCUUUUGGGGAACUGGCGCUACUACAGGAAGUGACACGAACGGCAACAGUUACUGCACGUGAAACAAUAGAAUUAUUAGUCGUACAUAAAGAUACAUUCGCUCAAGUCUGUCCUCAAAUAUUUGAAAAGGAGCUGUCAGAAAAAGAGAGAUUUUUACGACGACUUCCGAUCUUUUCUGAAAAAUGGUGGAGUAAAGACGCGUUGGAGAAAUUAUGUCUUCAAGCUCAGAUACAGGAGUAUUCGAUAAAUAAAUUGAUUGUGAAGGACAGUCGACGAGAUAAUUGGGUUUAUGUCUGCAUGGAGGGUAAAGCUCAGAUUAUACGAUGUUUAUCCCUAAAAGAUGAAGAGACAGAAGACAAAAGAAGUUUAAUGAAGAAACGACAAUCCGCUGUCUUCCUGUCUGAAGAACUAUUAAAGAUAUAUCGAGAUCUGACACCAAAAGUUAAAAAUAGAAGUGGUGUUAAUGCUGAUGAUGUUAAUAUAGAAGAUAAAGAUGACAAAGAGAAGUUACUGGAAUCUAUGGCUUUAGAAUACGCUGAAACUGGCAAGAGAAAAGAAACGUUUAUUGAGGAAUUGGAUGAAAAUGAACGGAAGAAAGACAUGGAAUAUAUUCUGGGACCAAAAACACUUUCUUCCCUGAUGGCUGCCGAACUGGAGAAAGGAAAGACUGAUGUUAUUUAUCUGAAUAUUGGAACUCUACAUCCUGAUGAUAUAUUUGACAUCCAUUCUAUUAUAAACGAAGAGCACGAAGCUAACAGUUAUCACCUUCUCGUUAGCUAUGGUGCCAGGAUUCUCAAGAUUAAAAAAUCUGAUUUAUUUCAUUUUGCCUCGUCGGAAGCCGUUGAACACAUUAAAAACAUCACCACCAGAAAUAAGUACCCGUCAGACUCGGUAUUACUGGAAUCAUAUCGAGACAAGGCCACGUGGGAUGAUUAUAAAUCAAACGUCAUAUCCGGUAUACUUAAACCACACCUUCAUAAACAGCAGAAAUUUCCACAGGGCCAUCUCCUCAAAUCAUAUGCCCAGAAAACAGGGGAGAUCCGAAAGGAGAAACUUUUAGCGACACUAAAGAAAAAUCAGACGGAUUCCAUAAAAGCAGAAAAGGAUAGGAACCAAUACGAAGCUGAUUUGGAUUAUCGUGAAUCCGCGGCUUUAACUGAUCUGACCAAAUCGCAAGAAGCGAAGUAUGCGGGUAACAUUAUCCGGUUUCAUGAACCGAUAAUUAUCCGUAGAAAGAGUUACGUUGAUUAUAUUCAACGAAUGGACACCUUGGAUGUGAAUAUCGCAGUCGAUAAAAAAGUGAAACGUAAAUAUAAUCGACCCACAAGUAAAACUAUCCUCGAGGAAUGUGGGGAAAAUAGAUCGGAGCAACAAACACCAAAAUCACUGACUUUAGCAGCAUAUUUAUAGUUCACUUGUAGCACAAAAUCAACAGGGACGUAAUUCCUGAAAAUCCAGUAUAAUUUGUGGAUUUGACUCCCAAUAUUUGGUUUUAUUUAACUACAAUCAUAUACAUGACAUGUUCCUUUGUCUUCAACUGAUUAGAAUUUUUUUUAUCAACCAUU